AUGUCUGCUAAGCCAAAGUUCCUUUUUGUCCUCUCCUCCCAAAACAUUCUCCCCAGCCGUGGCACGCAGACCGGAUGGUACCUUCCAGAGUUGGUUCAUCCCUAUAAUAAGCUCGCUCCAUUGUUCGAGAUCGUUAUUGCAUCUCCCUGUGGUGGUGAAGCGCCGCUCGAUCCCUAUUCAGUUGAAGCAACCAAAGAAGAUCCUGAAUGUGUCUCCUUUCUCAAGGAGAAAUCAGGUGUUUGGAAGAAUACGCUGAAGCUUGACUCCCUUCUGGGCAAAUCUUCAGAGUUCACUGGGAUAUUUUACGUGGGUGGCCAUGGUCCAAUGUUUGAUCUUGCCAACGAUGUGACUUCUCAUGCCCUGAUCCGUGAAUUCUAUGAGAAUGGAAAAGUUGUUUCUGCCGUCUGCCAUGGCCCGGCUGCUCUUGUCAACGUGAAAUUGUCUGACGGUAGCUACUUGGUCGCUGGUCAGAAGGUCACUGGUCUUUCUGACGCUGAGGAGGAAUUCAUGCAAUUCACCAAGGACAUGCCGUUCCUACUGGAGUCUGAGUUACGCAAGAAAGGUGCGGUUUACGAGAAGGCCGACGACCUCUUUGGGGUAAAAGUACUUGCCAGUGGUAAGAACGGGAAGUUGAUUACUGGGCAGAACCCACCCAGUGCUACAGUGAUUGGCGAGGCUAUGAUCAAGGUCGCUGGAAUCUAA